AAAAUGUUACAACAAAUUUGGAGUGUGUGGAAGCCGUCAUAUCGAUUUUGGAGACCUGGUAGCCGGCACAUGCUACUGCUGGGAUGGACAGCCAUGUUGAUUGCGAUGAGUGUGGAGGGCGCAGAGGUCAGAUGCCCCGAGGAGUGCGACUGCCGCGUUGGUUUUGACCCUGAGGAGGGCGCGGCCCUGCGCGUGGCGUGCGCGCGCGGCGGCAUGCACGCCGUGCCCGUCGACUACCUUGACCGCGGCGCACACGUCAUCAUCAUCACCGCUCCCAUCGACCAGCCCAACUUCCUCACAAUCGGCCCGAUUUUCACCCAGCCCACCCCAUUCGCAAACCUCCGCGAACUUCACAUCGUCAACUCCAACGUACCAUCCAUCGGCCAGUACUCCUUUUGGGGUCUCCAAAACUUAAGGUUACUUAAUUUGACAUACAAUAACCUCACCGGUAUAGGAGCAGACAACUUUAGAGGGCUCAUCAAUCUCACUGACCUACACCUCGAUCACAACAACAUAGAACAAAUGCCCAGCGAGACAUUCAGACAUCUGACCUCACUGAGGACGUUAAUUUUGUCUCACAAUAAAAUAUCAUCGUUAGUACCUCGUUUAUUCAGAAUGUUGGCGAAACUUUCUUAUUUGGAUUUAAGCGAUAAUCCUCUCGCAGAUUUAAAUCCUGAAAACAAAUUGCAAACAUUAAGUGAACAAGAUUUGCAAAGACUAGAAGCGAUAGCACAAAUCAAUUUGUCAAAAAACACUUGGCACUGCGAUCAAUGCUCAGUGGGAACUAUGUUAAUUUAUAUGACGACAACUGUUUUGAAUGGGACGUUACGGAAUGCGAAGUGCUACUCCCCGAUGAGGUUGCACGGGGUCAAGUUCGGAGAUUUGAGCUACGACCGGCUGGACGGGUGCCCGAGCACGCACGAGGCGCAGAUGAGCGUGAUCGCGGGGCUGAUGCUGCUGUGCGUGGCCGUGCUAGCCGCAGUGGCGGGCGCGCUCUGCUGCACGCGCCGCCGUGCUGCGCAUUAUUACACCAAUGAAGAGAAGCGCCGUGAGCGCGACCACGACCACCCCGAGGAGCUGCUCGGCCGCACCGAGCUGGGCAGCGUGGCCACCAUCCACGCUCCUUACCACCUCGUCACGAAGGGCAGUUAA